AUGUGCCUCGUUAACUGCUUGAUGAGAUUACCUCUUCUAGACAAGUGUUGUGGGUGUAGGUUAAAGGGUUACAUGGCCAUGUCGAUGACUCCUCGAAAGUUGAUGUGUUUUUGUUAUUCAGGUGGUGAGCGCGUGUCAAAUGCGGAUGGUAGAUUGGGGAAGUAUAAGGGUGGUGUAUCUGAAGCCACAAUCAUUGAAGAGGGCAUAUCGUUUGAAGAGCUAUUUAAGAAGGAUGUUAUUCUUUUUGCCGCAUUGAACAAGUUCACUUUCAAGUAUUUGGACAAUAGUCGUCAUUAUUAUAGGUUAGCUUGCGUGGUUGAUGGUUGUCCGUGGAAGUUAAUAGCUACAGCGCAAGACGAGUCCGAACUCAUUAGAGUCAUCAAGAUGACGAAUGAACAUUGCCACACUGCACAGAACAACACUAAUUUUAAGCCAAGGAUUCGGACAAAAGAGAUGGGUAUGAUAUUCCUGGACAAAAUAGUGGGGCAGCCCAAUUUCCUUCCAAAGAGCAUAUGCAAGGACUUCGAGCUUGCGUUCCAUACUCCCCUAACAUACUCACAAGGAUGGAGAACUAAGGAACAUGCCCAUGAGUUGAUAAGUGGGCCAGUAUCCAAGACGUAUCACUUAGUGCCGUGGAUGUGUCAACGGCUUAUAAAAUCUAUUCCCAACACAAAGGCAGUUUGGAGUUCUUCUGAGGAUGGUAAGUUCAAGCAACUUUUUGUCGCUUUUGGUUGCAGCAUUACGGGGUUCUUGGCGGGAUGUCGCCCGAUGUUGUUUAUUGAUGCAUGUUUAUUGACUGGUCCAUAUCGCGGUAGUUGUUUGUUUGCAAUCGCCUAUGAUGCGAAUGAUCAAUUGUACCCUCUUGCAUAUGCUAGUGUAUCAUCAGAGAAUUACGUGGAUUGGUUAUGGUUCAUGCAUAACUUGAAGGAAAUUGUUGCCAAAAAAGAAGUUGUGCUUGUGACCGACCAUAAUCCUGGAUUAUUGAGGGCAGUUAAGGAAUUGUUUGGCGAGGAAUGCAAUGCAUGGUGUGUUCGCCACGUCAAAGAAAAUUUUAGCAAGUUUGCCACCGAGAAAGGCAUUGCAUCUUUUCACAAAAAUUGCCUACGCAUGUGGUGGGAUAAAUUGUACACCAACAUUGCCAAAAUCUUCAACAAUUGGAUAUUGAAAUUGAGAGACUUGGACAUUAGGGGCACAUCAACAUGA